AUGGAAGCCCUGGCUUUGUAUAACUUCCAAGCGUCCGAGAAGGAUGAAUUGGCCUUUAAGAAGGGAGACACCCUCAAGAUUCUAAACAUGGAGGAGGACCAGAAUUGGUACAAAGCUGAGCUCUUGGGUUUGGAAGGAUUCGUCCCCAAAAAUUACAUCAAAAUGAAACCCCAUCCGUAA